AUGAUAUUAUCCAGGUUAUCCCUGGAAAUAUCCACAUCCCUGUUGUUGAUUACAGCAGACAUUAGUGAAUCGGAUUAUGAAUCGGAUUAUGAAUCGGACAGUGGAUCUGAUAGUUCAGAGACAACAAGUUUUGUGCACAAAAUAACCGACAACUCGACUAAUGAUUGUCCAUAUGAUGGCUGUUGCAAAUCAUUUGCAACCAAAUAUGCACUCAACAGACAUAUUAAAUAUAUUCAUACAAAAGUUAGGCCAAACCGGUGUGAUGUCAAAGGUUGUCAAAUGAAAUUUGUUGAUAACUACACACUUAAUAAUCAUCGAGUCGUUCAUUUCAAACGGAAACAGUUGUUUGUCUGCGAUGUCGACAACAACGACAACAACAACAACAACUGCGGCAAACAGUUUACAACAAACCAAUGUCUCGUAAGACACAAAUUGCGCGAUCACUCAAUAAUUGUGCCGAAAUAUCGAUGCAAUUAUAAGGGUUGCGGCAAACAGUUUGUACAUAAUUAUCAUUUGAAUCGACACAAACGUAAAGUACAUUUACGGCAAUUGGCGUUCAAAUGUGAGUACAAUGGUUGCAACAAAUCGUUUUCAGAUAACUCGCAUUUAGCUAAACACCGGUUCAUACAUACCGGCCAAAAGCCACACAUAUGUCAUGUCAAAGGUUGUCGUCAAAGAUUUAAACAAUUGGUUCACUUAACUCGCCAUCAAUUUACGGCACAUAAACUCUAUUAA